UCCAGGCGAAUCUCGUUGAUUCCAACUCUGCCUCACCCUCCACCUCUCACUCGCGCAGUGGCACGGAGCUCGCCCCAUCAGACAUUGCGCGAACCACAACGAGCCUCAACCGCCAUGGACGCGUCGUACCCCGAGUUCUCUCGCACCACCCCUCCCUCGCCGUCCACUGCCAUCGCCGAGCCCUCGCUCCUCUCGUCUGCUCGGGACUCCCCCGAGUCCACUUCCGUACGGCACUCGAGCGACUGCAGCGACGCAUCGCCGCCGCCGUCAUCGUCGUCGUCCAUCGCGUUUAGCGGCUCCGAGUCGUCUAGCAGCGCGUCGUCAAGCCCGCUUACCACACCUAGUAAGUCGCUCGAUACCCACGCGAACGGGGAAUCGAGCAACGCAUUAGCGCCACACAUUGUGGUCCAAGAUGGAAAGAGCCUCGUCCAAGGGGCAAACGCGCCGAUUCAGUCGCCCGAAAACAAAUCAACGAAAGCUCUUUUUCGCGAAAAGCUUUUCGCCAUCUUGCGGCUGGCUCGCGGGUACAUCCGCCAUCCGCCGCACCUGCCGAUUCUCGUGAACGUGGUCGUCAUCGUCACCAUGGCGUGCGGCGUCUUCGCGCUGCUCACCGGCAUGUACCGCAUGGCAUUCACGUCGGACCGCGCGCGCGCCGACUUGCUCGAGUUCUCGUCGCAGGUGCUGCAGUCCGCCGGCACCGUCGCCGCGCUACUGCUGCACCCCACGCGCCUCGUCUACCUCCUCCGCCUUAUCCGCUGGCGGCCGUCCGACGUGAUCAGCCUAAGGAAAGUGUUCUCGCGGGGCGACACCGCGGUGGCGAAGCCUCACGAGCGUCGCCACAUGGCGGUGGUGAUCGGGUUACUGAACGUCGCGUGCAUCAGCCAGUACGGCAUCUUCCUCUGCCUGUGCCUGCGCGCCCCCGACGACCGCCGUCUCUUCCCCGUGCUGCUCUUCAUAUUCGGCGCGUUCGGCCUGGGCACUGUCGCGGGCGCCUACUUCCUGCUCUGCCCGCUCGCCCGCCCGCUUCCCGCUGAGAGUGCCGGUGCUGCGGCUCCGCCUGAGGCGCAUAAGCGCGGCGAGAGGGCGGUGGAUGAGGAUAGUCGCAACGCGCGCGCAUGUCCGGCGGAGAAAGACGCCCACGCGUGCGGUUUGGGGGAAGUUAGCUCGCGGGCCAGAGGCGACGGCGGGGAGGAGUGGGGGGCGGGGGGAAGGGAGAGGCGGGAGAGGGCGAGCGUAGUGAGAGCGCUGUUUCGGGACGAGGAGAACGGCGAUAGUGGCUCGUGCGCUGGGGACGAGGGAGGUAGCGACGGCACGGACAGCAGCAGCAGCAGCAGCAGCAGUGGAAGCACGGGCAGUAGCGGUAGAGACAGCUCCCCCACUGACCGCUAUUGCCAGGCAGAAUCCACCGACCAUCGUCUCUCUUGUCCGCCGCUGGCCCUCCCCCCUUCUGCCGUGCUUUCCCCCUCGUCCCCCUCGUCCCGCGCAGUGUCGUGCCACCUUGCCGCAUCCCCUCACCAUCCCGCACACCGCCUCGGCUCUGCCCGCCUGCAGCGCUCGCGCAGCCAGCGCAGCAGCAGCCGCCACGUUGACAAGCGCGCCGUCUGGCAGCCGCGCACAGGCGAGCAGAACUCAGCCACAGCAGCGCGCGGAGUUCCCGCGAGUGAAGUGCCAGAGUGGGCGGGGUCGCUGUGCAGCGCGGCGGACGACUGCGGCAUCGCUGCGCGCGUGGCGCUCUGCUGCCCGUGCGCCUUCGCGUGGCACCUGCACCGCGCGGGGUUCGGCCACCCGCUGUUCCACGCGCUGAACCUGCUCCUCUUCCUACUCGCCCCGCCGCUCGUGUUCACCGCGUCCGCGCGCUACAUGACGGACCCUGCGCUGCGCGCGCUCACAAUUGGGUUUGGCGCCACGGGGGCGCUCAUGGGGCUGCUGUACGGCGGGUACUGGCGGUGGAAGCUGCGGCGCACGUUCGACCUGCCCGCGAACACGUGGGCGUGUGGGCACAAGGCAUUCUCGGACUUCGGCGCGUGGGUGGCGUGCCCCUGCUGCGCGCUGUGCCAGGAGAUGCGCACUGUAGAGGCCAAUGGGCUCAGGGUGGUCGCCCCAGAUGAUGCCCAGCUGGAGGUGAUUGUAACGGGGGGGAAAGGAGGAGUGUACAGCAGCAGCAGCGGCAGCAGCAGCAAGGGACAUGCUGAGCGGGAUAGCGUAACAGUCUCGGUUACCAAGGCGCCAUGUGUUCCUAGGAUGGAGCUCAACGGUGCCCCCGGCUGCUGAGCAUGGCCCUUGCUGCCGCUUGACGCUUCUCUUGCUUUCUGGGUGUAGGAAAUUAGUGGACAGUGGGGAAAGGAGUGCGUUGGCAUACCAAGGAGGGGGGGAUGGGGAACAUGCUGGCUGUGUGUGUGUGUGUGUGUGUGUGUGUGGAUCAGUGUGACGAGCAUGCAAUGCGCACCAAGGAACCAGGGGCCCCCUUCUGUACCCAUUACAUGCUCAUCAUGCUCCAUGUGUUGCCAUGGAUUGUUUGUUGCGUCUAGGAAAUACCUUUGCAUCCCUGUUUGUAGUUAACAAUUCUUUUGUGGGAGCUACGUGUUAAAUUAAAUAUUGUGUUAUAUAAUUGGUAGGCUUGGUUGAACUUUACAGUAGAGGGUACAACUCCCUCCUUGUAUGCCUCUCUCUCUUCUAGUAAACUCUCUUUUCUCUC